UAAAUCUGAAAAGUGGUGGCUGCCAUUUUGUGAACUGCUAUUUACGUUGUAGUGCCUUUAUAUUUUUAGGAGACAUCUGCCAACAGUUCACCAAAGAAAUGUUCGAGAUGUACCAGAACUAUGCAGACUAUAAACAUUGGACCUUUGACAUCGUGAACUAUACGCUGGCUGAGAAAGGUGGGUUGCAUCAUGCCGCUGCUCAUAUUUCAGGAGAUGAAGUCUACAGGCACCUGAAAUAUGAAGGAGGGACUCAUCGAGUCCAGCGAAUCCCUGAGACAGGCCUGUCAUCAAGAAUGCAGCGUAUUCACACUGGGACCAUGUCAGUUAUUGUCCUCCCUCAGCCAGACGAGGUUGAUGUUAAAGUGGAUCCCAAAGAUUUGCGUAUAGAUACGUUCAGGGCCAAAGGAGCAGGAGGGCAACACGUUAACAAAACCGACAGCGCUGUGAGAAUUGUACAUCUUCCCACGGGACUAGCAGUUGAGUGCCAGCAGGAGCGAUCACAGCAGAUGAACAAGGAAAUAGCUCUGCGGACACUGAGAGCUAAGCUGUACCAGCAGAUCGUUGAAAAACAACUGAGUCAAGAGCAGAGUGCCAGAAAGCUGCAGUUGGGAACCAGAGCCCAGUCAGAGAGAAUUCGUACUUAUAACUUCACCCAGGACAGAGUCACUGACCACAGGAUCUCGUAUGACGCACGCAAUAUCAAGGAAAUUCUAAGUGGGAAAGAAGCACUGGAUAAGCUCAUCAGCAGACUACUGGAGUUCGCAGAGAUAGAGGCUGUCACCGAAUAUCUAGAAAAUUUACAGGCUUUAGAAGGAGGAGGCUGCUGAAGACCUUGUGUAGAGUUAAAGCAGAAACGUUGUGUUCAGUAGCAGAAGAAACCAGAUGUAUUUGUUAGAUGAUACAUUGAUUAAAAUCUAUGCCCCUCUUUUUCA